UUAAGCAGAGAGAAGUCCUCGGCGGGAGAAAGAAAAGAAGACGAGCUACUAGAACCACCACCGCACGCGAUUCGCUUUGGCAGUGCAAAGCAGCCGAGAUCACCCACCAGCAAUAAUGUCCGGCGCGCAAGGUGCACAGCCCAAGGGCGCCUUCACGGCGACCACGUACAGGUCGGCGGCGGCCGCGGCCACCGGCGGCGAGGAGGAGAGCCGGCACCCGCCGCCGCCGGCGAGGACGGAGCUCCGGUCGACCGAGGACGAGCGCGGGCUGCCCGUGAAGAGGCUGGAGGACAAGGUCGACGACGCCGCCGGGAAGGGCGGCCCGGUGUUCGGCGCCGGCGAGGACGACGGCAAGCCAGACCUCGGCGUCACCGGCACCGGCGGCGGCUGAUAUUACUGCUGCUUCUUCAGUCACCAUGUGCUCCCUUGUAAAACUGUAGUAGCCUCUGUGGGUCUGUCUGUGUAGCACACGAAGUGCAAAGACUUCUUUUCUAUAAACUAAAAAAGCGAAGUGCAAAGAGUUGUAACCUGUAAUGCGAAGUUCAAGAGCUGGAUUGGAAUAACCGUAAUUAAAUAACAUCAAUUAAAUUAGCA